ACGGGUUAAAGGUCAGAACACUGCAGACAUGUUCGUCAUGUAAAUACAAUAGCGAACUGACAAGUGGUGCUGCAUAGUCUAUGUCCAUUGGUUACUGUCUGCAGCUAUUAGACCUGAAGAUAUGAGGCUGCUGUCCAAGCCAGCACUGCAGGCCGUCCUCUCCUCACAGAAAACACGUGGAGGCAGCAGACCGUUCUGGGGAUGGCUCAAUGCUGUCUUCAACAAAGUUGACUAUGAGCGUAUCAAGGCGGUGGGCCCAGACCGUGCUGCUGCAGAGUGGCUGACAAGGUGCGGUGCCAAGGUGAGGUUUCAGGGGUUCGACCGUUGGCAACACGACUACAACGGCCUGCCCACCGGCCCUCUGGGACGAUACAAGAUCCAGGGCAUCGACGCCACAGACUCUUGCAUCAUGUACAAAGGCUUCGAUCACCUGGGUACGUUAUCCAAUGCAGCCUUCCGAUCUCCAAAACCUUUUGGUGUUCGUGUCUCUCUAUCGCCUCGACGGUGAGGUGAAACCCUGUGGCAGAGGUCUCACUAUUCUCAGAACCAGAUAUGGUGAUUAUGCUGAGCAGCAACUCAAUUUUGUGUUUACAAUCUGACACAAGACACUAGUGUCUGUUCUAGUGACUUUGAAUAAAUACAAAUCAAUUUAUUAAAAGACAGUCUUCUAUUAU